AUGUGGCAACUUUUCCGAUCUAAUCCAGGCCUAACGGCUGCCAACUCGGCCGUGCCCGGUGCCCCAAAUGGACAACCACUGCCACAGUCGGCCCUGUCACUAUCGGCCCAGCAGCAACAGUUCCUGGCCCAGCACAAUGCCCAGGCCUAUGCGGCGCAACAGGCCGCCCCGUACGUCAUCAACCCGGGCCAGGACCCCUCGCCCUACAUGGGUGCCCUCAUCACGGCCGGCGUACCCCAAUAUUACGGAGUGGCCGCGGCACCCUGGGGAGUCUAUCCGGCCAACCUGAUCCCGCAGCAGCAGUCACAGCCCCGGAGGCCCCUAACACCCUCGCAGCAGGGCGCCGAAAAUCAACCCUACCAGGUGAUAUCGGCCUUCUACGAUCAGAGUGGGUCCCUGGUGAUGGGACCCCGUACCGGAACGCCGAUGCGCCUCGUCAGUCCUGCGCCACCGGUACUGGUUCCGCCGGGAGCGGCAGGUCCCAGGGCACCACAAGCGCCACCCACGCUGUACCCGCCACAGCCCCAAACGGCCCAGCAGAGCAUGUACUCGGCCCAAAAUGGAUCCAACGUGAGCGGUCUUGCCCUAAGCACAUCGUCACUAACAGCCCGGCGUGACUCAUUCGACCGGAACACAUCGGCCUUCAGUCCCUCGCUGGACUACAGUUCCGCAUCCAGCAAUGCGGUGGUGAGCAGUGCCGCGGCAGCAGCUGCAGCAGCCGCUCGGAAGUGGCCCGUCGGUGCCGGAAGCUAUGGCGGUCUCAGCGCAGUAACGGCCUCGGCCAGCCCACUUGGUGCCUCAAUUACGCCACCACCGGUCUCGGGACUGGGAGCCCUGGUCACGAGUCGUGCUCCGGGAGCAGAAACAAAAUACCGGCAAGUAAACCAACUGGCCCCAGGUAUUUCGGCGAAUGCCAUCUUUGGCUCCAGCAACUCGUUGUUCUCUAAAAUUUCUGGAUCGGUGGUGCGUCCGACGACAGCAGCAGCAGCCGUUGCGGCAGUAGCUGCAGCAGCACCAGGCCUGGAUCGUCCCCCGGGACGUUCGCGGUUACUCGAAGAUUUCCGGAAUCAAAGAUAUCCAAAUCUUCAGCUGCGGGAUCUCACCAAUCACAUUGUUGAGUUUUCACAAGAUCAACACGGUUCCCGAUUCAUUCAGCAAAAGCUUGAACGAGCCACAGCCGCAGAAAAACAGCUUGUUUUCAGUGAAAUUCUUGGCGCCGCCUACAGCCUAAUGACCGACGUUUUCGGCAACUAUGUCAUCCAGAAAUUCUUCGAAUUCGGGUCUCCGGAGCAGAAGCAAGCCCUGGCUCAACAAGUCCGAGGACACGUACUCCCACUAGCACUCCAAAUGUACGGUUGCCGAGUGAUCCAAAAGGCCCUGGAAAGCAUCCCGGCCGAGCAGCAACAGGAAAUCGUUCGGGAACUGGACGGGCACGUGCUCAAAUGCGUCAAGGAUCAGAACGGCAACCACGUGGUGCAAAAGUGCAUCGAAUGUGUGGACCCGGUGGCGCUCCAGUUCAUCAUUGACGCGUUCCGCAACCAGGUCUACUCGCUAAGCACCCAUCCGUACGGUUGCCGGGUAAUCCAGCGGAUACUGGAACACUGCACCCAGGAACAGACUGCCCCGAUACUGGCCGAGCUUCACGCCAACACCGAACAGCUGAUCCAGGAUCAGUACGGCAACUACGUCAUCCAGCAUGUGCUAGAACACGGCAAACCGGAGGACAAAUCGGUGCUGAUUGCGGCGGUGCGCGGUAAGGUGCUGGUGCUGUCGCAGCACAAAUUUGCUUCAAACGUGGUGGAAAAGUGCGUUACUCAUGCUACCCGGGCCGAACGAGCUAUGCUCAUCGAAGAGGUGUGCUCGUUCAAUGAUGCCGGUCUGCACGUGAUGAUGAAGGACCAGUACGCCAACUACGUGGUGCAGAAGAUGAUCGACGUAUCGGAACCGACUCAGCGCAAGGUGCUGCUGCAGAAGAUCCGGCCGCACAUGAACUCGCUGAAGAAGUACACUUAUGGGAAGCACAUCAUCGCCAAGCUGGACAAGUUUUCGCUCAAGACACCUAAUGCGAUUGGCGCUGGCGGUGCGGGUGCUGGCGGGAAUGCUGGAGGUGGUGGUGGAGGUGCAGGUGCUGGAACUGGUGGAGGUAGCGCCAAUUUGAGUAAUGCCUCGACUACCGGGAGCAGUAUUUGCGGCUCGACUAGCGGAAGUGGAUCCGGAUCGAGUGAAAUGAUUGGAAAUGUGAGUAACGGUGCUGGCAGUCCUGUCGGGCAACAGCAACAGCAGCAGGUUGUGGUCACUAGCAAUGGUACCACGAAUGGACCCGUGGUUCCUGGGGUUGUUGUGGGAGUCAGCAACGGAGGUUUGGUUGCCGCCAAUUUGGGACCCAUCGGACCUCCUCCCACCAAUGUGGUGAUGUAAGGAGGUGGAUGACACGCAUAAUCAUUUCAAAACCCAUCAACUGAACGCGAGAGAUAAUCCUCGUUCGGAAAGUUCUUAACAGUUUGAGCAAGACGAGAAAGCGCCGCAGACACACAACACAAAUGUCCCUUCGAUCGCCGGAGGACCUAGUUAGACUUAUUCAGUUUUUUUGCUGUGUAUAGGAACUAGCACAUGUAAAUAUUUUUCUACUAUUUUAUUACGUUUGGAGACGCUUAUUUGUUCCCAAAACCCCCAACUCUCAGCAGAAGAUAUCAUUGUAUUAGGUUUACACAAUACGAAAUCGCUUCAUGUUUUUACGUAAUCAUCAAUCAGGGUCGCAAACGAAAAGACUUUGGAAUUCUAGAGAAACGAGCCGCGAUUAGGGCAGACACAGAUCUCAGUCCUCCUCAGGACUCUCCUCCUACUCCUACUAAAUUGAAGUCGCGGAUCAAAGGAAAAAACCUCACGCCCCUAAACGGGUGGCGCAUGGUCAUUGUGAAUGUAUUUUUUUAUUAUUAUAAAUAGUUGUAUAUUUUACAUAACAUGAAGGAUUCUUCUCCGCGAUAGAAGUGUGCAAGCGUGCGUGCGCAGCAUCCUGAGAGAUUGACUACACAGCAAACAGAAUAUCCUCAUUCACAAGUUAGUUUAUGUUGUACAGAAAAAAAAAAUAUCGAACACAUCUUCAAGUAAUAGCCAUAGCCCGCGAAAACGAAAAAGGUUUAAAAAUCAAGAGAUUAUUGUGACAGGAAAUUUUUAACUCCCAAAUUCGAACAAGUGUCGAAUGUCGAAAAUGUCGAAGCGUUUUGAUUAAUCCCUCAAACCUCACAGCUACAGCAGGCUAUCUUCGAAAACAGAUUUUUGUACAGUCGAAAGCGUUAGUAAGCACGAUUUAAGUUUUUCGAAUAACUUUUUUUAGUAGUUGUUGUUUCCUCGCCAGAAAAGAACGUUUAACCAGGAUUUUAAAGUUCGUUGGACGAGUAAAUCGGGGAAGACGCUGAGCGACCUUCCCCAAUUCCGUCUUUCGGUCUCUCGAGUGCAGUUGAUGUAGCAUCAGCAGAGAAACUCUCUUAGUGUGCGAUUUUGUAGAAUUUUUGCACUAUAUAUAUACAGAAAAAAAGGAACAAGGAAGCAGACGAAGGAAAAUACAUAACUAAACGUAUUAAAUUAUUGAAUCGAAACGGUUUGUGCAGCAAAAAAAAAACAACCGGUUUCGGUGGUUUAGAAAACGCAUUAAUCGGUAGUAGACGUAUUUUUAGAUGUAUUCUUGUAAUUUGUAUUGAAAGUCUUAACCCAAUUACUCCUAGGCAUGAACUCUAGUAGUAGUAAACAAGCGAUCAGGAAAUUUUCAUCCACACUGUGUGUCUGUGUAUCAAAAAUGAGAGAGGGAGGACAGAAGCAAAUCAUAUUACAUAUUAGAUAAACUCUCUGUCUUAGGGCAACAUAUGAAGCCAACAGAAGAUAAAAAAAAAAGAAAAAUGUAUGGGGGAGAACACCUUUUUUAUAAGCAUAAACGAUGAUGUGUGACAUGACGGAGACGAAGAAAAAAGAGACAGGCAGGUAACUAAACAGAAAUCAGCAAGCAAAUUCUAAUCGAGCAUCGAUCGAUAUGGUAGAACCUCUUAAAACCUUCUGAGCGACACAAAAGCAGCAUGUGUGUACAUUCAACUAAAGUUUUAACUCGGCAACUUUUUUUCCCGUCGGGAAAAAAGCUCACAGAUAGUCUCUGUGCUGUUUUGGAUAGGGCCAGAUUAGCGCGCUUGCUCGUGUUAAAACCUCUUUAGGCUAAGCAGACAAUUUUGAUGUGUAUAUUACCACUUUUGUAUGAUUUUUUUUCUCCCACUCUGUUUUGUAAAGAUUAUAAUAAAAAAAAAUUGAGACUAUCUUUGGAAUAAUUCAACGAAGUGAGAUCUGCGUGUGCUAUGUAACAACGGCCAUGGACUUUUUCCGGCUGGUUCAGCAGAAAAAUUCGACGAGUCUCAGUUGAUGUUUAUCUUACAUACCUGGGAGAGCUUGAAUCUGUGGUCCCACAAUCUUUUUGUCGACGUGCCACCAGAAACUUCUGAUUAGGCAGAGUUUUUCAAAAAGAGAAAGAAAAUACACCCCGAAAAGAAACUAAUUUAUGCUUAUGCUGAUCAUGAUAGGUGUACCUACCUACCUACCUAAGGGUCCAGCGAUUGACCGGCGCAUAGGGCUGAGAUAAAAGAUCUCCACUGCUGGCGAUCCGGAGCCAGCGUCUUCACUUGCUGCCAGCCAAGGUUCUCGUCAACUGUGCGGAUUUCAGCGGCUAGACUUCGCCGCCACGAGCUUUUGGGCCUGCCUCUUCUUCGAUGCCCAUCUGGAUUCCAGUCAAGCGCCUCUCUGCAAAUCUCGUUUUCAUCUCUUCGCAGCGUGUGCCCAAUCCAUCUCCACUUACGUUCCCGAAUCUCGAUUUCUAGCGCCUUUUGAUGACACCGGCGAUGAAGUUCAACGUUUGAGAUCCAGUUGCCAGGCCACCAAGCGCGGAUGAUGUUCCGCAGGCACCGAUUCACAAAAACUUGCAGUUUUCGCGUCGUCACCGCAUAUGUGCACCAAGUCUCACACCCGUACAGCAAUACGGAUUUGACGUUUGAGUUGAAGAUUCGGAUCUUAGUUCGUAGAGAGAUCUGGCGUGACCGCCAGAUGUUUCGGAGACUCGCAAACGCAAAUCGGGCUUUUCUGAUCCGGGUUUCGAUGUCCUUCUUGGUACCACCAUCAGGCGUAAUCUGGCUACCAAGAUACUGGAAGCACUCCACUGUCUCAACCUGUUGUCCAGCUACCACGAAAUUGGAACGAUUUUCUGUAUUGAUUUCCAUCGACUUGGUCUUUCCGACAUUGAUUUUGAGACCUGCUGCCUUGGAGCUUUCGGUGAGGUCGUCGAGUUUGCUCUGCAUGUCUUGUUGUGUUUGGGCGAGCAAAACAAUAUCGUCUGCCAGGUCAAGGUCGUUCAGUUGCUCCAUGGUUGAAGGAUUCCACGGCAAUCCUCGGUUUGGUCUACAGUCAAUCGAUCCAGUCAAGAUCUCAUCCAUUACGAUGAGAAAAAGCAGCGGUGACAAAAUACAUCCUUGUCUCACUCCAGCAGUUACCGGGAUUGGUUCGGACAAGACACCGUCGUGUAAGACCUUGCACGAAAAUGCCUCGUACUGUGCUUCGAUGAGAUGGACUAGUUUCUCUGGGACCCCUCGUCGUCUAAGAGCAGCCCAGAUGUUUUCGUGGUUCAGUCGGUCAAAUGCUUUUUCGAAAUCAACGAACACCAGCAGAAGAGAGUCCUGGAAUUCGUUGAUUUGUUCCAGUAUUAUUCGUAGCGUUGUGAUGUGGUCCACACAUGAUCGUCCGGAUCGGAAUCCAGCUUGUUGCCGUCGGAGUGUAGCGUCGAUUUUCUCCUGGAUCCUGUUCAGGAUCACUUUGCAGAGUACUUUAAGGGUUGUACAGAUCAAAGUUAUGUACGCAUAUUUUAAUCUUAUCAGUCGGCUGCCACGAACAAUCUACCUACUUUCGUUCAAAGUAAUUCCGAAAGUGGGUGGUGGGUGGCUCAGCUCGAAAAUACUUUUUCUUCAUUACUCUUGAACGUGGAUUUAAAAAAAUUCCAAACACUUUCGCGAAAAUACAAGUUUGUAUGUGAACUUUUAAACAUGGUUAAAUUCUGUCAUAAACAUUGAGUCUUUUUUAAUGUUUUUUGUUUCAUUUGAAAUCUGGUCCUCUAAGGUGUUUUUUUUAUCAAUUCUCAGUCAUGCUGCCACUUUUGACAACGGUUCUACCAGGUGCUAAAUUUGUAUGUAGAAUAGUAUUGUGCAUUUUAACGUUUUUUCUAAGAGGAAUAAAAGAAAAAAAAUCUUUACGGAUUCAUGUGAAACCAUUUAAAAGUUGAAAGGAACAAAGUAACAAACAAAGACGCAGCGAAGCAACAGGAAGAUCGAGCAUCGUGUUUAACUACAUUUACCUUUUAAUUAUGACUAGACAAAAUCAAGCUGGCAUAGGGAUCAUUUUUUCGUGGAAAACUGAACUUUUGCUGAAGAUCGCUACGAUUCUUACAGAAAACAAAAAAAAAACCAAAAGCCGAGAUCCACGCGCUAUAAAAAAGUUGAAAAUGCGGUCCAAUUAAGUUUUAGUAAACGAGGCGAAGAAAACACGAGAUAUCCUCAUAUUUUCUAUAAUGGAACGAGAAAAAGCAAGCAAGCAACAUCAUCAGAGCAAAAUAGUAAUUAAAACCACAAUGAAGCUGUAUGUGAUUGGUUAGCUUUAAACUUUAAUUACAUACACAAUCGAAGAAUCAAACAAAAACCAAUCGGAAGAUAUCACAUGAUAUAUAUCUAUGUUUGAACGUACCGUUUUUUAGAAAACCAAAAUCCCACGCUAGUUGAUGUUUGCAAAAGAAUCCAUGUUUAGUUUUUAACUGUGCUCUCUACAAAUGUGUGUGCGCGCGUAUCCAUGUGGCAUCCAUAUGAUUUAUGUUUUGCUUUGGUUCGAGAAUCCGGCUCGAUGGACCAUACUUUUUUGUGAAUCGGUCCCCCCAGCACACGCGAGUUUAGUUUUAAUUGAAGAAAAAAUAUAAACAAAAACGUUAGAAAAAACUGUUGGAUGUUGUACGCAAUAUAAAACUGAAACUAACAACCGGUAAAGUGAAAUGAUUCCUCAAUUUAGGAAACUCAAAUAGAAAGCAUUUAGGUUAACCCGAUAACUGAUGGGUGAUUGUCAAAAAAACUGAGGUUUUUUUUUACUCUUAUCAGUGGUACAUACGAGAGAAAAUUGAAAAAGAAGAUCGCUCCAGUAAAGAAAUAGAAAAACAGAUAAGUGAUUGCAAAAAAAACGAGAGAAAACGGAGAAACUUUGCAUUACGCAGUAAUAGCAUUUAAUAGCGCUAAAACGGCAAGUUGAAUUAAUUAACUAAAGAAAAAAGUUUUUCUCUUUGAAAAAAACUUGACUUUAUGAAAAUCACCUUAAUAGCAAAAACAUAAAAGGGAAAGAACUAUCAUAAGUGCAGAUCUAAGAAAAAAGAGGUCAGUCGGUCAGAAGUUAUGAAACUACUAGGCAGUUGCGUAAAAACUAAGCAAAUGUGUCCCUCAAGUUUUAUAGAACAAAAAAAAAACAUUAUUUUAUGUCAAUUUUUCCGUGUAAUCAUAGCACAUUUACUUCUAGAGGGUAAGAAAUGUGAAAAAUAAUCUACCCACCCUCGGACAGACACAUACAUAUGAUUGGCGAAACUUUCGGUUUUACUAUCUACUAUCAAAGUUGAAUUGAAAGACUUAAAAAUCCCACACAUCCCAACGAGAAAGCAAUGGUUUUUGCGCUGUUUCCGGUUUUGUGACGCCUGUUUGAGGCUUUGCAUGAACUUGAGAUAGAGAGCUGUUGGGCGCUGUGUGUGCUUGUCUAUCUUUCUAAAAAGUGUAGUCUUUAUGUGUGCGUGGAAGAAAAAAAAUAGCAUCUAUUUUUUCACCCUAGAUCUAUGACAAAAAAAUUGACAAAACAACACACAUCGUUAGCAACAAUUGGUUUGGAAUUACUCUUUGUUGUGGAACACACUCAGUAGAUUAACGUUAGCUUCAUUGGUGGAAAACGCUCGACUGUUUUCUCAGACAGACUCUCAGCUAGUAAAUUAUUAAAAUUUGAAACUGAACACACUAUUAUUUGUAGGUUUGUAGAGCAUUAAUUCCCCUAUUGGUAAUUCGAUUAGUUUAUUUUUAUUUCCUUCUACUUAAGCCUCUCCUAAUUGAGAGAAUAGGUAUCGUAAUUUUUGUUUCAAUUCUACUAGCAUAUGAAUAAGUAAGUACGCAUGACGAAGUUGCUCUGCUGGGUUGGAUUCCGGUUUUCGCGAUUGAAUCUCCUCCAAAUGUUUCAAAAGCUCAAAACAAAUAAGUUUCCCUUAUGUUAUACAAAUUCAGAAUAAACAAGUUUUCUUAAAAUGAAGCCGGCUAAAGCGAGAUGAUUCAAAUUAGGCAACAGAACUGACAUUAAAUUAAUCAUAUUGUGAAAUUAAAAACUAAAUCAAACCCAGUCGAGUAAAUUUCUCAUCUCUCAAAUUAAAUGGAAUCAAUUUUAGGUUCAUACAUAUACAAUUUUUUUAAAUAAUAGAUCAUAAACCUAGCACUAGGAUUAAGUUAAGUUUUCCCACGAACGAGAACUCUCCGAAUAACUUUUUCAUCUAUCUUACUAGAACAACAACAACAACAGUAACAUAAGUUGAACAUUUUUCUCCAUAUGAAUCCAAUACUGAAUUGAAUAGAACUUUUUUCGUAAUAAAACUAUGUAAAGAAAAAAUAUCGCAAAUUAUAUAAAUAUAGUUAAAAUGAAGAAGAAAAACCUCAGCUACCCUAAAUUGAUAAGGCUUAGCCAGGAUGAAAAAAAAAAUCUUAGCUAACUGAGAAACGCAAAAGUAAAAAAUUAAAAUAAAUCAACACAGAGACGAAGCGAAAAAAUGGGAAGAAAAAAGUUAAGCAAAUAUGAACAAAUUAUAAUGUUGUAUAUCGCUGUACAAAAUUGAAAUAGUUAUUUUAUACGAAACAAAAAACAAACUGGAAUUCCCUAAAAUUCAUACUUACACUAAAGAUCAAUCACUCAAAAACAAAACAAACACACAGGACGCGCUCUGUUUGGAAGCCCAAAACCAAUUUUAUUAAAAAAAAGAAGACCGCAGCAGAAGUUGAAAAAUCCAGUCGGUCAAACACAUUUGAAUAUAGUGUUAAUUGUAAAUUAGUGAACAGAAAACAAAAAAAAGUUAUGAACAAAACACGUGUAGAAAUUUGAAAAUAGUAACAGCUAAUUAAUAAAUGAAAGUAAAUAAAUAAAUUGAAGGAAGGAAGUUCGGUACAGCGUUAUAUAAAAGAAAGAAGAGCUACAGAAGAGAGGAGAAUCCGAGAGAAAAAAAACGUAGAAACAUUUAAAUAUUAACAGCAAAAACAUCGCCUCAUCCGCCGUUUGUGUAACAAUAUGAAUGUGACGCCAAGAAAAAAAAAACAAACAUGAACAGUUGUCACGAAAAGAAUAAGCGAUCUACUGUCUAUCAUGAAACACAAAUUGGAAAUACUAUGUAAAAUCAUAAACUCCGGAAGAUGGAUAACAUUUCCGAGCAGCAUUUAGGCCAAAAGAGUUAUCAAGACCCCGGAUCGCUUUUCCCGAAAAGUGGAUUUUUUUUGGAAGAAAGUUGUGGCCCAAAAGUGUGUAUUGGUUGUCGAAAUUUUCGAAUACAUUGAGAGUUGAUGAGUAAGAAAAAAAUGCAUGGGCAAAAAUAUUUCAACAAAUCAGUCUUUCAGGAAUCCUGAAUCCGAACGGAAAAUUGAAAAUGAUCGGAAGCUGUCACUUGGAAACAUUCGAAAGAAAAUCAAAACUCAACGAGUCACUGGAUUGGAAAACCUCAAACUAAUUUGCAUUGGUCGCAUUUUGAAUAUUACUCAUCAGCCCGUUUUUGGGGCAACAACGAUUUUCAAACAAAAAACAUCCCAGGAUCAAACUCGUGUAACUGUAAACUUGUUAUUUGUUUUCCCUAUAUAGACACAAGCACAUUCGAGAGCAGGCUACAAAAAACAAAAGAAAUGCAACAGUAAGAUGGUAACUGCAACCAAAAUAUUGUCAUUGAACAGUUCACAGUGUACACUAUUACAUACGAUAGGAGAAAUUUGACACACACCCACACACUCUCACCCAAGAGCUACGAGCAAAGUGUAAAAAUGUAAUGAAGAAAAAACUACUUGUAAUAUGUUUGUAAAUUGGACUUUUCUAUACAUAUAUUUUUUUACCGAGACGAGAUAAAAAAAAGUUAUGUCGAAAUCUGUAAAAAAAAACCCACAAAAACGGAAAGCUUGAACAACAAAACAAAUUUAAACUAACAAAAAAAAAUAUGCUAACAACAAACAAAGCAAGGAAGCUACUAAAAUCAACCAGUGUUUAAGGCAUAAACAACCGAAAACCCAAAACAAACGUGAUAUGUACAGAGAACAAAAUUUUUUACUAACCUCCAAGAACGCGAAAAGAUGGCAUGUUGCAAAACCGAAAACGAAGAAAACUAACGUCUAACCAUGAACAAGCUAAGAAAAAAAUAAUAUCGCAAUAGUACAACCGCAAAUUUCAUGUCACAAACAGCAAGGUACACGAACUAAUUGGAAAUUUGAUAAACAAAAACGAACAAAACAAAACAAAAACACACGUCGACGCACUUUUGGUUUGUUUAUAAAAAAGGGUUUUUUAAGGAAGGAAAAAAUGAGGACGGGAAAACGAUCUGUGAUUAAAUUCCUCUUUUUACAAUUUUUGUGAAAUAAUCAAGUUUUUUUCUUUGUGUUACUAUUUUGGUAACGCCUCUCCCCUAAAUGGAGAAAAAUUUAACAGCUAAACUUUGAACAUAAUUUAAAAAAAAAAUGCUUACAUAAGAGAACUAACAAAGCGAAGUUGCUGUGAAAUGUCUGUACAAUUUUAUAAAUAGAAUAUUUUAAAAUUUAAAACAUGGGAAAUUCUUGACAAAAUGACCGUAUUUGAGCCAAAUUGAUCUGGUAAAACGAACAUCCCUAACUGGGCAAAUAAUGAAACAGAAAUCGGUAGAAAUAUCAGUCACAUUUUAUCAAUGACUUUCGAUGAUCGGAUAGAGAUUCCAAGAGCUUUCUCUCCCUGGCAUACGCUAGUAUUUUUGUAUCGGAAACAGUUUUUUAUACGUCUCCCGACUCUCUCGCGUAAAUCUUCCAUUCAAUUCAAACGGUUUGGACUCAAGAAUUUUACUUGGUGUACAAUAAACAGUGUAAAUUUGUUUUUACCAUCUCACCUGAUUUGUAAUUAGUAUAAAUAUCUCGAGCAACCAACAACAAACAGGAAGCGAACUCAUCAAAAUAAAAACAAGAAAAAAAGGCAACCCACAGGUGUGUGUGAGUGUGAACAUGUUAAGAGCAACAACAAUUACUGUAAAUUUCUGUGAAAAGUCAAACGCAAGAAUCAUUUGUACAAAGCCAACACAACAGCAUUAAAAAACAAACGCAAAACUCCCAGUCUGAGCUCCUCAAAAUGAGAAACUAACCUACUCAAAAUGGACGAAAAUGGGCCCUAUUUUUUAGAAAAAUGAACUUGUCUGAAAAUAACUUGACAACAUCAAAUCGAAAAACCCACAAGUUAGACAACACUUAGUGUGGAGUAGAAAAUCAAUGACAAUAUUUUUGAUUCAUGAAUUCUCAGUCGAGUUCCCCAAUUAAGUUCCUCAAAAUAAACUUGAGUUUUCUAACCCCAAAUUUCACCCAAAUAGCUAAGCUUCGAGCAAUCUUCAUCCUAACCUGUAUACAUCAUCCGACUUUUGAUGUCAUCAUUCAAACGAGUAUAAAUUUGCAGCAUAAUUGUUAAAAUGGCGAACAACAACAACAGCGAUGUACAUACUUACUUAGGUCAAGUUUAGAGCUAGUUUUAAAAAAAAGAGUUGUUUUAUUUUGAAAUUCAACACCCACACAAACAAGAAGAAAAAAAUAUAUAGUCAAACAGAAACAGAAGAAAUACUGCCACCGUUCUGCGAAGUUUAACGAGAAAACAAAAACAAACAAACAUAACCAAUAGAUUACACGUGGAGGGGUAAAAAAACACUGAAGCAAAUAUGAAUGUAUAAAUUAUAUUAAUUUCGUUGUGCUUUUGUUGUUUCGAUUAUAUCAACCAAUAAUAAUGGCUUUUCGAAUUCGGUUCAAUUGAGGGAAACUCUGCAAUUGAAAGCAAGCCAAGCUCCAAAAAUUUAAACUCGAUGGGAUUACACAAGAAUGAGCUGCUGUUAAAUGUAACGGAAAAUAGCUGAUGUAAAAUACAAAAAAAAAGUACGGAAAGCGCGAAGUUUAGCCGAAUGCAAUAGUUGAAAAGAUUAUUUUCUUCGAUUUGAUUUGAAAUUAUUGUUAUCUUUUAUCUAGAGAAACAUAUGAAGAAACAAAACAAUUAAUGAUAGCAAAAUUGUAGCAAAUUGUGUAUAGGCAAAACAAAAUAACAAUCGCAUAAGAACAAACACGUGCGAUGGUUUUCACAGGAUGAACAUAUUAGAUGAACGGAUGGACGACAGAAAGAAAAACAACUAAAGCAUUAAGAGGCGAUGAUCAAAUAGACGAGUAAGAGAAACAAUAACACGCAAAACAACUGCGCCAAAAAUCUAUUGCUCCAAGUACAGCGGUUGAACAGAAGUAAAAUAACUAAACCGGAACACUACGAAAUGUAUUGAGAUUUGUUCAGUUUUAAACACCUCCCCAGUAAGUAAUGAUACAUUGUAAUAAGUUUCUAUUCCUUCAAUCGAUUCCAAUCUCCUAUCAAUAACUGUUCCACUGGAAAAGCAUCAACAAUGCAAUAUUUUCUCAUUCAUUCAUAUUGUUGUAAAAAAAAGGCAAACUCAAGACUCAAAGUUAAGCUCGCGUAGCGCGGCUUAACUGUUUGUAUAAUUUUCAUGCACCUAUCCCUUAAAAUAACUCAUCCUUCCAGUGAAGGUUUUGCGAUAUCUGAAACUCUGCUCCUUUCAUUUCAUCUCGUGAUUUAUAAAUCAUAUUUAAACGUAUAGUUUUGUUUUAAUCAAUGUCAUAUAAUAUACAUAUUCAGCCAGUCGCUAGGAACAACUAUCAAUAAACGCGAUAAUCAGUAAAAAAUAAAAGAAAAAAAUGGCUCAUUUAAUUUAUUUUAAUUUUAUACGCGAAACACAACCCGAACAGAAGAGCUAAAACCGCUAAAACUCAUAAAAAUCGUAAAAAAUGAAAAAAAACCUACGGCGAAAACACCUUUGAUAAACAAUAGAGAGAAGAGAGAAGGAAAACAACAUCAAUUAAUUGAAACAGUGACAGAGUACGGUAAUCAAAAACAAUUGAACUUGAAUGAAGCAAAGCAGAAGAAGCAUGAUGAAAAUAUUAACAUAACACAUAAUUACUACUGAAGUUGGAGAAGAAAAAACAAAAACAACAACAACACGAAUGCUAUAUGUAUAAUUUUUGGAUAAAUACUUUGAAAUACAAGCUCUAUAAAUAAUGCAUUAUAUUAUGAAAUUAAUAAUGGUAAUGAAGCAAACUAUAAAUAUUAAAAUAUUAUCAAGUAAAUAUAAAUUUUCUGUAAUAUUGAAA